AUGGAAUCCGCCGAGAAGGUUGCCAAGGCGCCUCGCGACUUGCUCAACAUCUGCGCGACGGUGACACGAUGUUGGCAAUGGGGCUCCUCGGUGUUCAUCUCCCUCACCGUUAACCUCCUCUUCCACCAAACGCACAUUUACAGCUCCCGUGUGAAAGCAAUUCAGCCCUUGGUGCUCGUGAGCUUGGGAUACUCAACCCUCAUCCUCGUUUGCAUCUGCCUUCUCAGCAAGAUCGAAAAAGUUAGGACGUCAUCAUGGCACAUCUUCGCCAUGACCUCUAUUCCGGGCGACCUCUUGAUACUCAGCGUUUUCGUUGCCAAGGUCGCCGUGCUCAGCAUUGAAUAUUUCGAAUGUUCUGUGCUAUCGAGGACGGACAGCUACGAAGAUCUCAUGACACAGAGUACUCGCGAGAAGAUCUUGACCUUGGUCGGUGGCCCACCCGCAACGCCUGGCCGCCCGCAGUGCCACUUCCCUAAAGAACUUUAUUCCCUCAGCAUCGUUGCAAUUCUCUCAUACAUAAUGUCGAUUCUGUUCACCGUGCUCCAGCUUUGGCGCUACCGCACAGCCGUUUCCACGGUUGAGGCUGGACCUCACCCAGGCCACGUAGUAGAAGCCGUGUCGCAGCCCACAUAUCGACCCGUGAUGACACAAGUCGAGCGCCCUCCGGCCCCGAGACCCAAUGCCCAGGCCGGGCCAAGCCGUGGCCGGGCCCCGAUCCCGACCACCGAGUCUCACGAAGAUCCAAAGUAUGCCAACAUGCCAGAAGGCAUCAUCGCCAGCAUGGCUAUCGCCAGGUCGUCUGAGGAAACCACCUCCUCCUUCAACCCGGACCUCUUUCUGGUCUCGGACGGGUUCCGCGCUCCCGAGGAUCCUCCCCCGUAUACGAGUCGGCCUUCAAGUCUGCAUGGCGGAUUCUAA